GCCUUGGUGCUUAUACCCACGCGCGAGCUGGCCGUUCAGUGCCACGCGAUGCUGCGGGACCUGUCGAAGUACACCAUGGUGACCUCCCAGCUGGUCGCCGGUGGCUUCGUGGACCAGAGCGGCUCGCUGCGGCAGCAGCCCGACAUCGUCGUGGCGACGCCCGGGAGGAUGCUGGACCACCUGCUCAACAGCCACUCCGUGCACAUGGAGCUGCUGGAGAUAGUGAUAUUCGACGAGGCCGACCGCCUGCUCGAGCUGGGGUUCAGGAACGAGUGCCUGCAGGUGCUCCAGCGCUGCUCGAAAGGCCGCCAGACCAUGCUGUUCUCCGCGACGCUCAAUGCGUCUGUCGAGGACUUGGCCGCCCUCGCGCUCGUGAAGCCGGUGCGCGUGCACGCAAAUCCGGUGAACAGAGUGGCCGAGACGCUGGAGCAGGAGUUUGUCAAGGCCCCUUCCGAGGAGCUGCGGGAGGCGGUGCUGCUGAGCUUGUGCGCGAGAAACUACACGCACGGCGUGAUCGUCUUCUGCGCCACGCGGCAGGCCGCCCACCGCCUCGCGAUUAUCUUCGGGCUCUGCGGGUGGCGCUUUGCGGAGAUCCACGGCAACUUGCCGCAGGGGGACCGCGUGAAGGCGCUGCAGGCGUUCCAGAGGAAAGAGGCCGACUUCCUGCUGGCCACCGACCUCGCAGCCCGCGGACUCGACCUGUGCAACGUGGAGACCGUAGUCAACUUCCACCUGCCCCUGGACGUGGCGCGCUACAUCCACAGGGUGGGCAGAACUGCCCGCAUGGGCCGGGCCGGCCGGGCCGUCACCGUGUACACGCCUGAGGAGUACAUGAAGGUGAAGAAGCUGGGCCGUCAGUGCUGCAGCAAGGUCAAGUCCAAGGUGCUGAAGCGGACCGUGGCGGCAGAGGCCGUUCAGCAGUGGGCCUCAAAGAUCAAGGGCUUCGAGGCCGACGUCGACGCCAUCCGCCAGGACGAGAGCCUCGAGCGCGAGCUCAGGCUAGCGGACAUGCUCUCGGACAAGUCCGAGAACAUGCAGAGACACAAGGAGGAGAUCCGCGCGCGGCCGGCGAAGACGUGGAUCAUGACCAACCGGGAGAAGAAGGACGUGAAGAAGGCCGAGUCUGAGCGAGCACAGGCGACGGCAGCCGAGCUCGAGGCCCCCGAGGCCCCUGAGGCGCCUGCCGGCAAGAAGGGGAAGAAGGGCCGGCGGAAGGACGGCGCCCCGCCCGUGGACCCAGAAGAGCGGGCCAGGCAGAGGCGGAGAGAACAGCUGCUCCGCAAGAAGCAGGCCGCGAAGGCAGAGCGGGAGCAGGAGGACCGUAAGGUGCGGGCCUCCGCGAGGCGAGCUCGAAAGAAGGAGCGGGGCCAAGAAGGCGCUGCCUCUGCGGCCCCGAAGAGGGGGCGGAAGAGGUGA